CACCUGUUGUGGUCACUACUGAGUACCAAUACAGCACUACAGCUACAAAAGUUGAGCCAUUCGAGGAUUAUGGAGUGACUACCACCAACAAAUGGCGCAGGCCUUCAAGUCCAGUUCUUGAUCGCCCCCAAGUCAUGGUCACUGAAUAUGGGUACAUCUCUCCUACAGAAGUAGAGCCACGAAACAAUUAUGGAGUCACCAACGACAAAUGGCGUUGGCCUUCGACUCCAGUCCAUGAUCGACCACAAGUUGGGCUUCGGGAUAGCUCUCCAACAAAAGUUCAGCCUGUGAAGGAUUAUUACGGAGUCAGCAACGACAAAUGGCGUAGGCCUUCAAGUCCGACUCAUGAUCAUCCUCAAGUUAUGGUCACUAAAUACGGGUACAACUCUCCAACAAAGGUAGAGCCACUGAACAAUUAUGGAGUCACGAACGACAAAUGGCAAAGGCCUUCAAGUCCUGUCCAUGAAUAUGGGUAUCACUCUCCGACUAAGAUUGAGCCUAUAAAGGAUUAUGGAGUUACAAACGACAAAUGGCAGAGGCGUUCAAGUCCGGUCCACGAAUAUGGGUAUAGCUCUCCGAAUAAAGUUGAGCCUAGGAAGGAUUAUGGAGUCACCAACGACAAAUGGCGUAGGCCUUCAAGUCCAGUCCAUGAAUACGGAUAUAACUCUCCAAAAGAAGUUGAACCCAUGGACUAUAGAGUCACCAAUGACAAAUGGCAUAGGCCUUCGAGUCUGGUUCAAGAUCGCCCACAAAAGGUUGAGGAGUUCAUCACGAGCAUUCAAACUGAAGUAGGUCGACCAACGAGAUCAGGCCUCCUGAGUGCCCCAAAUUGGCGCAAUAACAAUCCUAAUUCAAAAAUAGGCCAAGUUUGCAACAUUGGCUAUGAUGAUUACACUAACUACAAUGACAACGAUGACUGGAACAAGCCUAAUGUUAAUACUAUUCGAGAUGAGAGUUUGGCAGAUCCAUUUAUAGCCAAUAGAGAUGCUAGGGAAAGGCCUAGUCGUAAUGGCACCUGGCUUUCGGGGCCAACAAAUGACAUUGGUAAAGCUGUGGAGAUCCUUAGGGAAGCUGUGAAGCCUUUGUCUGUAACUGGUACUGCACAACCUAUACCUACACCACAGCCACGGAUGACCGUACCAGUCUCAACUACUCCGAAAAGUGAUACUUACACGGAAACCAUUGACAGCAGGGAAGCUGAAAGGAGAUACAGAAAAUUGAAUCAAUCAUCUAGGCCAUUUCAAAAGGAAGAGAAUUACACAGGAACCAUUAACAGUAGAGAGGCUGCACUAAAAUAUAAAGGCGCAAUUGUAAGGUGAAGAUGAUGAGCAAUCUACAUAUGCAUGGUUUACAUCUAUAAUAACUAUAGGUUUAUCUUUAUCCUAGCUUAAAUGCUCUUUGGUUGUGAUGAAUAAUAAGUAGGUUGAUCUAAGCUUAUCUUGGUAGUAUGUACUCUAGCAGACCAUCUAUUUCGCAGUUUGUAUUUCGUUUAUGCUGAACUAUCUUAUCAAUAAAAACGUGUUGUUGGGUGUUUAUGUCCA